UCGGCCCAGCUCCGCACCCCUGGGCCUAUUAAAGAGCCCUUCCACAGCCGCGCGAUCCGCCCAUCCCCACACAAACACCACCUCAUCUUCGUUUGACCAGACGGCGGCGCUCAACUCCUCCUCCCCAUCGGCCUCCUGGCUUCCUCGUCCUCCACGAUUUUGAUCCACAUCACUCAUGUCUGCUGAAGUAGCCGAGGGACACCCUUAUUUCCUCUCGUGCUACUUCUGGUUCAUAUACUGCAUAAAAUUCCGAGAUUUCACUUGAUACAAGUCACAAGUGGAUCACCUGGAGUUUUGUGCCAAUACUUCCUACCAUGUGAAUCAGUUGUAGCUGGUGAUAUUGGCAAGACUCAGGUUCUCAUCUGAGUUCAGAAACAUCCGUUGGUCGAGUGUUUGGUCUCCUGCUUCCCUGAGUCUUGCCAAGCGAAGCUUCUCAUCAAUUGUGUUCUCAGAUCUCUUUCUGUGACUCGAUCAACAACUCCUUUGGUCCUGUCAAGCUCUUAAUCCUCCCUUCAGAAGGCUUGUCUUGACGUUGAAACAUCCUGCUCUCUGCUCACACUGCAGUCUUCUGAAGUCCUCCCUUGUUGCACUCUGUGCUCAAACUUCUGAUAACGGCUCUCUCCCGCUCCUCUUGGUUGAUUGCUCCUGGAUACUUGUGAUCUCCUUGAAGUUUCUGCUUUUUUUCUUGAAAUCUCUCUAUUGUCCUGUCGACAUACAUUAGGGUGAUGGCGCAAACUAGCCUGCCUCCUGGUUUUCGUUUCCACCCAACUGACGUUGAGCUUGUUUCCUACUACUUGAAAAGGAAGAUCAUGGGAAAGAAACUUCUUGUGGAAGCUAUAUCAGAGGUUGAGUUGUACAAGUUCGCUCCCUGGGAUCUCCCUGACAAAUCCUGUCUUAGAAGCAAAGAUCUUGAAUGGUUCUUCUUUUGUCCUCGUGAUAAGAAAUACCCCAAUGGGUCUAGGACAAAUCGCGCCACACCAAAUGGUUACUGGAAGACGAGUGGAAAAGAUAGAACAAUUAUGCUGAACUCUCGCAAUGUUGGGAAUAAGAAAACAUUGAUUUUUCAUGAAGGCAAGGCACCUAAAGGUGACAGAACUGAUUGGGUGAUGUAUGAAUACAAAAUGGAAGAUGAAGAUUUGGUUUCUGCAGGUUUUUCAAAGGAUGCUUAUGUGCUCUGCAAAAUUUUCAAGAAAAGCGGCCUUGGUCCGAGGAUUGGAGAGCAAUAUGGGGCUCCAUUUAAUGAAGAUGAAUGGGACAUUUCAGAUACUCAAACUUCUAUAUUUCCUUUGAUGCCCUCUUCAGAAGUAGUGAACCCUAUGGAGGACCUACAUGUUCAGCAUGCUGUCCCUGCUGGUGUUGUUGGGGAACCACAUCUACAGCAUUCAUCUGCUGCUUGUGCUGGGGAUGAUUCAUCAUUUUAUCUUGUCACUUCUACUUGUGUUGAGGACUUCACAUUUGGCUCUGCUACUGUUGGCUCUGCUAUCCAAGAUCUACCUGCUCAGCAUGCUGUUAAAUCUUCUGGAGGUGGGGUGGUUUCUGGUAACAACAUUUCCAAUGAGGUCAAUGAUAUGUACAAUACUUGCGAUGUUGAUGGAUUUUUACUGGAGGAAUUGUCUAGGUUUCUGAAUGAUUCUCCUCUUCAUGACAGCCCUGUUGGAGAGAAUUCUGUUCUCCCUCCAAUGUCUGAAGUCGAGGCUCGCGCUUUUGAAGUGAAUACUUACGACCUCUACAAUGAAUUGUCAGGGCUUGCUGGGUUAGGAGACGUGUCAAACAACUUUGCUAGCAAUGUGGGUACCACGGAGUGCACUAUCCUGCCUGCUGACAGAGAGCUUUCUACUGAUGAUUAUAUAGAACUGAAUGAUCUCCUUGCUCCUGAUGCAAGCUUCCCCAGUGAAUUUCCCGCGCAAAACAAUCAAUUUUUGCAGUAUCCCCUUGCCCAAUUCACAUACAAUGGACGGCAUGAUGAUGUCGCUGCUCUGUCAGCUGCUUUUGAACCAACUAGCUCGCUUCCAACAAUGCCUGGCAUUUAUGAUGUUUUUCCUCCUGCCAAUAAUGUCAGCUUCGCAACAGACCAGGCAACAAACUUCUUGGACCCACCCAUGCAAUACCCAUUGUCGUGAUUGGCCUGCAAAAUCAAUGGUAAAAGUUAGUUGUUAUCCUUUUGUUUCUUUGCUUCCAUGGAACUUUGUUUGAGCUGAAGUGUUGCAACAUCCAGUUCUCCGAUGCUGGUACAUCGCUUCAUCCAUCCGGGACGGCAUGACACAGAAAGAUGCCUUUUGUGCUCAUGAAAUAGUCUGCUGUUCUUUUGAACCAAGCCAAACUUUAGGCUGGUAUCUCCCUAGCAAGAAAAGUGCUGGAUCAAAUUGCUUGCACUGAACCAAGCCAAACUUGGCUGGUAUCUCCCUAGCAUGAAAAGUGCUGGAUCAAAUUGCAUGCACUGCAUGCUCCCAACUGAUUGCCUGGUUGAGCUGAUUGCCAAGCUCGGCUCGCUGCUGAGGUUAAAUUAGUAAUUGGCUUGUAAAUAUGAUCUUAUGUUAUUUGUGUAUUCGGUACGCUGGUUGCCAUCCAUUCAAGUUACUUCUGCCAAACUAGUGUGUAUUGAGUAUUGACAAUAUGCGAACCAUUAUUAUUAUAUAUUGUGAUAUGGAAUGCCUGGUACUUUUAAUA